AUAAUAAUGAUUAUUAUAAUCGACUGUCAAUUUUGUUGUGUUAAAAUGUACCAAUUUUAUUUAGUUUAUGCUAGAGUUUAAUAUCUUUUUCAUUGCUUUAGAAUAAAAUACAUAUUGUUUCGGAAAAAUGGAUAGCAAAAUGGCGACGGUUUUUGAUCAGGAGAUUGAUUUGACGCAAGAACCAGCGCCAGAGUACAGCACAUCCAAUCAAUUUCCACUCAAUGAUAAUGAUGAUGAAGGCAAACAACAUCCAGUCAACUUCUGUCAAGUAUUCAUCAAAGAAGAAGUGUAUGUUGAGCAAGAGGAUAAUGAAGUAACUCAAGAAGAUUAUCAAGGACUGAUGAGCGGAACAGUGGAGAGUAAACAGGGGGCGUGGCCUUCUACUAGCAGCACAUCCGGCUAUGCUGAUACAUCACAACGGAACAUUGAUGACGAUGCACCUGCAAUAUCUUUAGUGGAAACGUGUAUUGAGCCAUCUAUCUCUGUGAGAAAAACUAAACUCUACAGUUGUACUCAGUGUAGCUUUAAAACUCCCUGGAACGAAAGUUUUAAACGACACACCAGAAAACACAGUGGAGAAAAACCUUUCAGAUGCAGAAUCUGUGACUAUGCAUGCACUCAACCAAGCAAUUUGAAAUCCCAUCUGAUAAUUCAUACUGGUGAAAAACCUUUCAGUUGUGAGUUUUGUGAGUAUACAUGUGCUCGUUCCGGUGAUUUGAAUUCUCACCUUAGGACACAUACAGGAGAAAAACCCUUCAGCUGCAAAUUGUGUGACUAUAAAUGUGCUUAUUCAAGCAAUUUCAGAGACCAUCUUAAAACACAUACCGGGGAAAAGCCUUUCAGUUGUGAGUUCUGUGACUACACAUGUGCUAAUUUAACUCAUUUGAAAAGGCAUACCAGAAAACACACUGGAGAGAAGCCUUUCAGUUGUGAAUUGUGUGACUUUUCAUGCACUCAAUCGAGUAAUUUGAAACAACAUCUGCUAACUCAUACCGGUGAAAAACCUUUCAGUUGUGAGUUUUGUGAAUAUUUAUGUUCUAGCUCAUCCCAUUUGAAAAGACAUAUUAGAAAACACACCGGAGAAAAACCAUUCAGAUGCGAGUUUUGUGAAUAUACAUGUGCACAUUCCAAUACUUUGAAAGAUCAUCUCAAGACACAUACUGGCGAAAAACCUUUCAACUGUGAAUUUUGCAACUAUGCAUGUGCUCGUUUAGGUAGUUUAAAAAGACAUCUGAGGAAACAUACUAAAGGAAUUCCUUCUAGCACAAGUGUUCAGUAGUGUAGUGUUUUGUAGUUUUUGUAGUAGUGUAAUGUUUUAUGCUUCUAGUCAACUUACUCUUCAAUACGUUUUAGGGCUGAAUACCUAAAAUCCCUAAGCAAUUGAUAGUUAUAAAAGGUUUGAGCUGUAAAAAUCAAGUACUGGCUGUCAAUUGUACUUAUUAAAAUUCAGUCUAUUCUCAAAAAAGAAUUAAAAAGAAUUACAGUUGAAUUAUUAUAUACAAAUAUUAUUAUAAAUAUAAUCCCUAUUUAUGCUCAAGUCACUGAUUCAUAGAAUAAAAUAUGACUCCUAGUAGAAUCAUACGAAUCUACAAUCUACAAUUAUUAUAUAUUUUCUAAAAUGAAUCGAAUUGAAAUUAAUUUGCAAUAAAUAGCUUUUAGUAAGAUCUUUAUUCAUGUUUUUUUUAAUUCAUGGGAUAAAUAGAUAUAUUUAAUUUUAAUAUAUUGUAGAUGUAUAUUAUACUUAAUUAAAGAAUAAAGAAAAAUGGAAAUUGACAUAAUCAGAAUUCGGAAAUGCAUCCGAAGUUCAGAAAUAAGGAUUUAAUAUAAGAGUUCAAGAAUACAAAAAUAAUAUUGUUCUAAUUCCAUUGUGUUUGGAAUGAUUAAAAUUGUUCCUGUGUAUUCUUCACUAUUGAAUGAAUUGUGAAUUUGUAUUGUGAAAUGGUAUAUUGCCAUCCAUGUUGGGUGAUAUUCUUACAAGAAAUAGUAUAUUGGAUAUAUACUAGUGCAGCUGUUAAGAUCCCUAUUUUGCAAAUAAAUUUGCAAAAAGUUAAGGCCGUCCG